ACUCAAAGCCAAAACAACAAACUCGCGCUCUUCUCUCUCUUUUUCUAUCUCGUACUGUGGAGAAACUCUCUUGAAGAGAACCGGCAUGCAAGAAACAAUAGUGAAGAAACCCUAGCAGACGCCCUUCUUUUGUCGUUCUUUAUCUGGAAAACCGUAUACUACCAUCUAUCUGUUGUUUCAUCCUUAUUGGUUUCAUUUCUUUCUUGAACUUCAUCUCUUUUACUGAGGAGGAAACCAGAACGAACCGACAGUUUUUCGCCGUUUUUAUUGUUCUGGAGCUCUAAUGUCUGCCCUUUUGAGUGUCUUUUUUUGAGUUUUGAUUGGUUCUCUCUAAUGGUUGGCUUUCUGUUCUGAAAUUAGGGUUUCACGCCUCACUCCUUUCUUAAGGAAGAGUUGGUUUUUUGAUUUUUUGCGAACUAGAAAGCUGACAGCACUUGUUGUGCAGUUUAGUUUGUGCUGGACGGAAACAAGGGAAGAUGUCGAGUCAGUACCCUGUUCUUGACAGCCGACCCAUUGAUCAAUGGAAAGUGGCAGAGUUAAAGGAAGAACUUAAGAGAAGGAAGCUUACAACAAAGGGGCUGAAGGAUGACCUGAUAAAACGGUUAGACGAAGCGAUUCGAAAUGAGAGAGAAGCUGCUUCUGAGGAAGAAUUUGUUAACGGUAUUGAUUGUGAUACCAAAGAGGUUAAGAGUAAAGAGGCAGAGCGAAAGCUGAUUGACACUGAAAUCAUCAAAGACACUGAGGAUGGUAGGGAAAUUAAAACCCAAGCUGCAGAAUAUACUAAGGAUGGCAGUGAAAAUAAAUUCCAAGCUUCCAAAGAUACUAAUGAGGGCAGAGAAAUUAAAACACAAGCAGCAGAUGAUGAUGAGUCUGUUGUCGAUAUCGAUGACAGUAUACCUGAGAUAGCUCAAGGGAAAGCAAAAGCUGAGGAAUCAACUGGUAAUACAGAUCCUGUUGCUGUUGUUGAUGAACCAGUAGUCAAUGCAGUGUCUGUCGAAACCACAAUCACAGUCAGCCACACCAUGGUAACUCAGUCAGCAUGUAGCGAGCAGGAGUCGCAGAACAAUGAAACCAAGACAGAGAAUGAGGAUCAAAAGCCUCUCCAGGAAGAUGCUGUGCUCAACGCUUCCGAUCCGAACAAUCAGGUAUCUGAGGUCAGCCCUGUUUUAGGGUUCCAAGUAAAGUGUGAGUCUAUUUCUACUGAUUCUGUGUCAAUUAUUGAAAAGAAUGAACUAAAGGAUAAUUUGAAUGCUGAUAAUUUCCAUUUAGACCUAGAAGUUAAGCCAGAGAUGGUGCAACCAUCAUCCAGUGAUGUUCCUCCUAAUGAUGGCAAUGUACAUCCACUGGAUGAUCAAGAGCCAUGUGAGAACCAGGGCUCUGUUGAAGAUAUUGAUGACACCAACAACCCUAAUCUGGACAUUAGCAAGAAAAAUGAUAGUGCUGAUGGGGGGUACUCAGAAAAAUUAAAUUUAGACCGAAGUUCCGGUGACGACUCAAUGGAGGAGGAUGUAAUGGAGAGUAAGCAGAUUGAUUCUAUUCAUAAUUCUGAAGAAUUGAGAGAUAGCAAUGAGCUAACUGAAGUGCGUGUUGUAAAAGAGGAAAGACAUGUUGACGCUGUGGGAGGUGGCUUCUCUUCUGAGAAGAAGGAAGUUCCUGAUGAUAAUAAGACUUGUCAUGCUGUUCCUGCUGAGAAAAGAAAACUUGAAGAUCAAGAAGCUGUUGGGAACAUUGAACCUCCAAAACGACAGCGUCGAUGGAAUUCUGAGAAUAUUGAAGUUCCCCAACUGCAAGUCUCUAAUUUCACUCCUUCUACAACACCAAAAGAUGCUUCUCACUCUACCUUCCCCAAACGAAACUUCACCAGGUCCAACUCAAACAUAAGCGAAGAAUCACCCAAGGAACGUGUUGUUCCACCUUCACCAAAACCUCCAACGACAUCCCUUAGAAUCGAUCGUUUUCUCCGUCCAUUUACUCUCAAAGCAGUGCAAGAGCUUCUAACCAAAACUGGAAAAGUCUCUAGUUUCUGGAUGGAUCACAUCAAGACACACUGCUAUGUUACGUAUUCAUCGGUAGAAGAAGCCAUCGAGACUCGAAAAUCGCUGUACAACUUACAGUGGCCUUCAAAUGGAGGACGACUCCUGGUGGCCGAAUUUGUUGACCCCCAGGAAGUGAAAAUGCGGGCUGAAGCUCCCCCCCAGCCCCAAGCACCACCUGUCAGCACCAGUCCAGCAACACCUGGAGCCCCUUCAAACUUCCAGACCCCAUUGACUACUGUUCGUCAACAUGGGCUGCGGCAGCAGCUUCCACCCCCACCUCCACUCCCACCACCACCACCGCCACCACCGAUGUCUGACCAACCCACAGCAAGGGAAAGGCUGCCUCUUCCACCCCCACCUCCACCCUUGAAGAAGCAAGAACCACCAAUUGUUACCCUUGAUGAUCUGUUCAGGAAGACUAAAGCUACCCCUCGGAUAUAUUACCUGCCUUUAUCUGAUGAGCAGGUCACAGCAAAACUUGCAGCACGAGAGAAAAAGGCAUGAAAUUACCCGUGCUAGUUUGUGCAGAAGGUAUCAGGAUUGUCAAUGGAUGUGGAAUUCUUCCAGGCAUAGAGUCAAAUGUGGAUGAUGUGUUCCAAUUAAUUUUUGCUUUGGAUGGGAAUUCAUGUUGAGUACAAAUCAAAGAAUCUUGAUACUGUU